AUGUUAUCUAAGGAAGCGCUGGUAAAAAUUCUCAGCCAAAAUAACAGUGGGAAGGAUAUGAAAAUUGCCGAUGAAGUAAUACCAAUGAUACAGAAAUAUUUGGAUAUAUUCAUUGAAGAGGCGGCGUUGCGAUCACUUCAAUCUCACAAGGAGAUGAACGGAAAACAUGAUGAUAAAGGCCCCUUAGAGUUAUCGCAUCAAGAUCUUGAGCGUAUUGUUGGGCUUCUUCUGAUGGAUAUGUAG